AUGGCGACUCCUGCGAGCUGGCUCUCUUUAAGAGGAGCCUGCGACUUAACUAGACGACUAGGACUUUCCAUGCGAGAACAAGAAGAUGCAGCCGAACCCCUUCGUACUGAGGCGACGCUUAUGAAAUCUGGCGAGACCUAUGCACUUCAGUUGCUCCGAUAUCACACACACUGUACGCAAAUCAGUCAAGAUGGAUCGCCAAAUGCCGCAUUGGAUCUACUGAUCACCGAAGAAGAGCUCCGGGAAGUGGUCCAGGAAGAAAUGGCGACCAAAAGCGCCUCUGCACUCGACUCAGACGCAAAACAACGACUCAAAGGCCUGGAGAGGCGAUAUCACGUCUUGUCCAGAAAGUGGUGGAUUUAUCGGCAAUGUUUGGGGAAAGGUUUCCAAGGCCGAGCAUUUGAACUGUGGCGAUCCCACCCUCGAUGGUAUAUGCAUAAGGAGCUCGUCGAAGAUUGUGCUGGUCUCCAGGGAUGCUGCUUUCGUGGAUGCGGUUGUUGUUUGAACCGCAAGAUCGACGCUUCUCGCAGUCUUGGUGUGGGGCAUUGUACUGUGGAAUGUGGAUGUUGUGCCCGGGCUCGCGGCUUCGAAUUUUCCGAUUCAGAGAAGGAUGAAAUGGAUGAGGUUUUUGAACCAGAUGAUAAGGACACCCCCGGAUAUAGCAAUCGCUCGGCGUGGCUUCGUCUUGUGUCUGUUUGGGGUCUUUCGACCGUCUCUCGGGAAAGUCCCUUCGAAAUGAUCGAUAUACCCCCAAGUUAUGAGGAAAGUCAAAACAGCAACUGGAAAGGAAAAAUAGUGAAGCGCUAA